AAAAACAUAAUUUUUCCUAAGCAAUGGAAGAUGCGCCAUUGCCUUUUCCGUUUUCCCACACCACUCUCUUUGUUUCCACUCCCAUCCCAAACUAUCUUCUUCUUCUUCUUCCCACUCACCACGUCCAACAACAAUUUCACUUCGUCAAUCAAACGCCCCCUAGGUAGGGUUUAUCACAUCCACCCUACUCUCAAACCUCUUCGCACCCAAAACCCUCUUAACCAAACCCUACCCUUCCCGAUUCUCUCUUUUCCCGAUUCCCCCUCGCCGCAACCUGUAACUGUUUCGCCUUUGCGUUUCGAGAAGCUUCCGUUUCGAAAUCGAGCUCUCAAACAUUGGUGUGAUAAGAAAUGAAACGCACCGUUUCGCUUGCGGUAGUGCUGUUCCGCGUUGCGCAAUGUCGAUAAUUUCCAAAACUAUUUAAAUUAAAUAAAUUCAACAUUUCGGGGUUUUGUGUGUUCGUGGAAAACGGUUAAGAAAUCUGUUACGGGGAUUCUCUAUUGAGUGUGAAGAUAGUGGUUUUUUUUUUCUUUCUGUUGCUUAAUUAGGAGUGUUAGUUGAAUAUCUAGUUUGCAUUUUAGAGAUGUAUAAUAAUAAUCAAGUGAAUCGUGGUCAUAAUUCGGGACAGGGUUCUGUCCCUCCACCUUCGGCUGCCCUGCCGCCGCCACCACCACCACUACAUUCGGGUUAUCAGCAUGGUCUGCCACCUCCUCCUCCACCGCCAUCUCAUUUUCAGCAUUUUGUCCCACCACCACCACCAGUAGCUCCUCAUGUUUAUUCACAUGGACCGUCAUAUUCCAUCCCUUCUCGAAUGCACCAUGGAAAUGGAAUGGCGCCGCAAACAUUCCCUAAUGUUGGACAAAACUCACAGCAUUCUUCAAAUUUAGGUGUGCAGAGUCACAACAUUUUGCCCCCGGUUGCUUCCCCUAUAGGACCGCCAAGUAGAGUGUUGCCACCUCCCCCACCUCAUCCCUCUUCCUCUCAAGGACAAAUUUUGCAUAAUCUUCAUCUUCCUCCACCACCACUGCCGCCCCCGUUUCGUUCUCCUUCUCUGGAUGGUGUUUAUCUCCAUUCAACUGUUGGGAAUUACCAAGUUCCUUCUGUUGCUCCUCCACCACCACUACCACCGUUGCCAGCCUCUCCACCACCAGCUCCGCCAUGUCCACCGCCUCCUACCCAUCAUAUGACUUCUACAUCCUCCCAAGCUGCGUGCACUGCUGACCCGAACUCGACACAGGUUCCUAGCUUUGAAUCGAAGGCUGUGGAUUCAGUAGAUGGAUUUGUAGCUUCCUGUUCAUCUGGUAUUGUGCCUGUACAUAAUUCUGAUGCCAAUCAGGAUGGUGGAAAUUGUGGAGAGGUUGCUGUUGCCCACAGAAAUGAGCUAUCGCCAACUACAAGUAUGAUUUUGGAUGUUCCCCCACCUCCGCCUCGGUCAGCAGAAGAAAAAAGUGUAAGCGCUGAUUCUGACAUGGAGAUGGAAGAUGAUAUCACGUUUUCUGACAAAGACCAAGGGUCAACUUAUGCAAUUGAAGUGGUAACUCAGCAGUAUGAUCGGGCUGAUGAGGUGUUUCGCAUGAAUGAGGAAAUACAGCAGCUGCAGAAUUCAACAGAAAACAAACUUGCCAAGGGCAUCUUAUCCAGUGGUGUGGUAUGCUCUGGAUCCACAGGAGUUGGCAAACAAAAUGAAGGGCCAGGACCCUCAUCUGAUGUUAAGCCCAUGAAAUCUGCUAGAUCAGUUACCAAGGUUCAUAGUCCUGUGAAUGACUCAAUUGAAGUUGCUGAAUCCCUCCUGGGCACUGGGUUGGGAAGAUUGGCAGCUCCUCUAGACAAGGAUUUUAUAAGAAAUGAUACUUCUGAUCACAGCGAAGCCACUAAUCCCAAUAGAGAUUCUGAGCAACUUAUGCGGAUUGGCAGCCCAAUAAGACUUCUUCAAGGUUAUGCUUCUGAUGAAACUUCAGACAAUGAAGAUGAAGGCCGUACUGCAGAUGCUAAUAACGUUUUUACAGUCUCAGCAGGAGCUGAUCCUUGUGGCCCAGAUGCCCAUAAAAAUUGUGACAGUUAUUUGGAGACUGAUAUUGGAUUUAAAAUUCCCACCUGGACUCAAAAGGAGCUUGGGCUACUCUCCAAAUCAUCACUGGAUGGUUCAAAAAUAUCUCCUUGUUUAGUACAAGAGUCUGAGGGAACCUGUAAAAGAUCUGUCACACGUACUAGUGAUGGAUGUGUUGAGCAUAAUAUUGAAAAUCAGAUGUCUCUUAAUCUUGCUUCUUCAGUAGAAGCUUUCCAAGGAAGAGAUGGGUUAGGUGGUACUGGUUUUGACAUUGAUAGUAAGAGUGGUAAUGCUGAACAGGAAGAUGAAAAGGAAACCUCAAAGUUGAAACCAACUGUUGCGAAAGUAGAUGAAUUCGGGAGGCAUGUCAGAGAAGGUGCUACAGAUAGUGACUCUGAUGGAUCUCGCAGUAUUCGGACCAGGAGGACGAAAAAAAGAGAUAGAAGCCGUAGUCGCAGCCGGUCUCGGUCUCGGUCUCCCAUAGACAGUAGGAGUAGGAGGAGGAGGAGAAGUCCUCGGAGGAGAAGGGAUAAAAGAAGCCAAUCUCGCAGCUGGUCUCCUCGGCGUCGUAGAAGCAGGAGUAGGUCACCAAUCUUAAGACGUUCAGGUGACAGUCAUGGUGAGAAUGUGAGAAGGGACAAGGCUCAAUGCUUUGAUUUCUUACGAAGAAAGUGCUACCGCGGAGCAUCUUGUAGGUUUGCGCAUCAUGAAUCUGAUAAGAAUGCUACUUCAAGGCGCUCUAGAAAUAAACAUGAUCUGGAAAUCUAUUCUCAUGAAAAAAAUUCUAGGGUUAAUGAAGGAGUGAAGAAUAUUUCUAACAAAGUCUCAGAUUAUGAGCAUGAUGGAGUCAGAAAUCAAGACAUAGAUAUUCAUCAGAAUGUAAUUGGCCAGGAAGAAGUGCAGAGAAAGGAAGAUUCUGAGAGGCGUGCUGAAGGUGUCAGAGAGGUUUCUCCUAAACUGCAUGAAACCUUAGUAGUUAUAGAAAAGCCCAAGACUUCAAUACAUGGAAAUAAUAGUUUUCAGAAUGCAGUAAAUUCUCAUCAGCAGCACUUAGUUUAUGACUUUCACCCUGAAGCUUUAAGCAGAGGUGACACUUCUAAAUCAUCUGGUGGUACAUCCAAAGAUGUUUUUCCUUCAGAAGAUGGCUCACUUGUUCAGCAACUACAAUCCAAUGUUUCUGUUGAAGUUCCAGAACAUUCUGGUGGUACAUCUAAAGAUGUUAUUCCCUCAGAAGAUGGUUCAUAUGUUCAGAAACUACACUCCAAUGUUUCUGUUGAAGUUCCAGAAAAUUCUGGUGGUACAUCGAAAGGUGUAUUUCCCCCUGAAGAUGGUUCAUUUGUUCAGAAUCUACAAUCCAAUGUUUCUGUUAGAGUUCCAGAACAUUCUGGUUUCCCAUCUCAGCUUCCAAAUGUGGCCUGUGUGACUGAUUUGUCAUCUGAUAAAAGAUCAAUGAUUUCUGCUAAUGAGGUUUCUGGCAGUGAACAUUCACUAAGUAUGUUACCAGCCACACAAGUACAGCCAACCACUAGUUCUGUUGGUCCAUCUGUAGCAUCAGAGCAGCCUUCAUUGCACUCUCAAGCUUCCAAAGAGUUUACACCUCAAAGUGGUUCCUUGGUGGAAUUCCCAUCUCAUACUUACCCGUUGCCUGCUUUUGUUGGUUCACAUUCCCAGGGUGAAAAUGCUCUUCAUAUGCCACAAAUUCCAAGACAAUAUGGUGUGAUGCAGCAAAAUGCAUUCUUUCCUUUCCAACCCACUACCCGAGAAAAAUUUGAACCUUACCCCGCUCCAUUACCGAUGCCAAAUUCUCAUUUCAGUGUACCACCGCCUAAUAGCUCUUGGACAUCCUUGCCACCACCGCCGCCACCACCAUCACAGGCGGUGUCUAAUUCCAGUUCAAAUUUUGGAGUUGCAAAUUCAUUUAUUUCUUCAGAGUUUAAUCAGAAUCAACUACAUCUGAGAACUGACUAUGUUUCUCAGACUUCCAUGGUUCAUGGGUUACCAGCUCAUUCUCAAAGUUCGAAAUUUGAGGAUCAAGCUUGCCCUCCAAUGCAGGAUCAUCCACGAACUUUCAUGCCUACAGAACCUUUCUCUCCCAAGCAUCUCCAUCAGGGGAACCCAGCAUAUCAGCCGCUUCCAAGCUCCACAUCUUUUGGCAGCCUGCAUCAUCAACCAAAACAAUUUUCCUGGGAGUCAGAUGUGAACAGACCACAGCCUUCUUUGGGCAGCAGGUUGCCUCCUGAAGGACAUUUCAGCACAUCUUCUCACAUAUAUCCAUUAUCACAGCAGCAGCAAUCAGGUUAUAAUUUUCAACAUACUUCAUCUGAUGUUAAUUUGGCUGGACCUGGAGGGAUUGCUACUGUAUCCAGAUAUCCACCAGAUAUCCCUGAUAGCAACCAUUCAACUUCUCUUCCAGCUUUUGGAGGAUCAAGAAUUUCUGGUCACUAUAAUCCUUAUGCAUCAACCUUUGAGCAGCCACUAAGUUCGAAAUUCAGUUCAAACUUUUUACAACAAGAUAAUGAUAUAAUUCAAGGCAACAAUUAUGGUCCUUCUAGAUAUAGGGAAGGGGAUGGUGUUGGAUCAAGAAAGACAGCAUCGCCAAAACCAGCAAGAGCUGUUGGUCAGAUCUUGCCAGGUUCUGGUGCUGAGCAAUAUGAUCCACUUUUUGACAGCAUUGAACCAUCAUCUUCUUUGAAGAAAUUUGAUUUUGAGCAGAAGCAAGAAGUUACAGGUGAAUCCAAUAUCAGCCUGAGGCCUAAAAGUUCUCACAUGUCUUUGGAUGUCAAAGAGAAGAAGCAUGAAGAGGUUGGGGCUGCUGCCUCUACCAGUUCUCAAAAUAAUGACGAAUAUGGUGAGACAGCAGAUGCUGAAGUGGGCGAUGUUGAAAAUGAAAGCCUAAGUGAUCAUGUGGAUAUUCCAAACAUGAGUCCGGGGGACGAUGAGAUUAAUCAGAGCAAAUCUCCAGGGAAAAGAAAGAAGAGCAAGGAUUCCAGAUCAAUGAAAUUGUUCAAAGUUUCCAUUGCAAACUUUGUAAAGGAGGUUUUGAAACCAUCGUGGCGACAGGGUAAUAUGAGUAAGGUGGCUUUCAAAACCAUUGUGAAAAAGACUGUAGAUAAGGUGUCGGGAGCCAUGAAAGGCCACCGUAUACCCAAAUCUCAAGAGAAGAUAAGUCAAUACAUUGACUCAUCACAGCGAAAGUUGACUAAACUUGUGAUGGGUUAUGUUGACAAGUAUGUCAAGGUGUGAAGGAUGGAAGUGAACCAAUGUUUCUUCAACAUACAAUUGUCAGUAGGUAUGCACUUUUAUAGGAAAUACCCGUGCUUACCUGGAGUUUUUGCUGUCUUUCAACUCAAACAGUAUCAGAUGAUGAUCUGUGAAUUGUUCAUCAGCACUCCAUUUCCUGAAGAUUUCUUGGUCAACCUCAGAUAUGUAUGUAUUGUGAUAUAGUUUUUGUUUUGUAGUACUUUGAAGAGGUUCACCCAUAAAUAUCGCGAAGUUGGAUUUUUUUCCCUUCGAAGCUCUAUUUUUUGUUUUUUUUAAUGAGCUAGUAACUUCAAGAAAUUGCAGUAAAGAAUUGCAGGAAAAAGAGCAAAAUUUUCCGUUCUUUUUUCUCUGUAUAGAAGUUUUUCUUUUGAAUUUACAAGUAUCUGGUUCAAAAGCGUCUCAUUAUUGGAACAUAUUUUAGUUGUGGCCAUAUUCAAUGUCUUUAACCCUUGAGGGUUUAUGAUGCA